GUGUGCGUAAACAUUACGGCGGUGGACGUGCAAAAGUGAUGUUGUGAUGUGUGCGAAGUUUUAUGCCGAAUUUUCAUAACUGCGUCGAAUUUUCCAACUGAAUUAUUUCUUGAGCUUGUUAACGCGAGUGGACUCCUAAUAGAGUAAAAACUAAGUUGUCUAAGUUCACGAAGCGUAUUGAGAUAAUUUAGUAUACGUGCGGUGCUUGGUGCGUUGCUAUAAGUGGUGGUGCAUUUUGUUUAUUUAUAGACUGUCGCAAUUUGCAGACAUGUAAUUAUUUUGGUGGCGCUAAAAUGUCUCAAAGGGAUACAGCAAUACAUCUUCUGGCCGGAGGAGUGGCCGGAACAGCGGGAGCGGUGGUGACAUGUCCACUAGAGGUAGUCAAGACCAGACUACAGUCGUCCAAAGGUGUUGGGGUGCCGCCGACGCAGCCCCCGCCAUCCGACAGCAAUGCGGCAAAGGCGAAGAGAGGCUGCUCUAAGAUUCCUAAGCAUCAGGAGGCUAAAUGGGGCUACCGACGUACGAUGGGCGCCAUGUUCGCGUACAGCCAGCAGCCCGAUCGCAUGCUGAUGUCGUACAAUUGCCAGGUGCAGCCGUGUGCGCGCGCCGGCACCGCCCGACCUGUUUCCAGGAUGAGCCUUAUACAGUGCAUCAGACACAUUGUCCAAACUGAGGGCACAAAGGCGUUGUUCAAGGGCUUAGGGCCUAACAUUGUGGGCGUGGCGCCGUCCAGGGCUAUAUACUUCUGCACAUAUUCACAAGCCAAGGCUAUAUUGAACCAGAACAUAGCCCCCGACACACCCAUAGUGCAUCUAUCGGCCGCUAGCGCUGCAGGUUUCGUGUCAUGCACAAUGACCAAUCCGAUAUGGUUCGUAAAAACGAGGCUGCAACUGGACGGAGAGAACGUGACUGCUGUACAAUGUAUAAAAAGGAUAUAUGCUAAAUCGGGUAUAAAAGGCUUCUACAAAGGCAUAACGGCAUCCUACAUGGGCAUAAGCGAGACCGUAGUCCACUUUGUCUUGUACGAGGGUGUGAAGGCACGGUUAAUGGCGGCCCGAGCGCAAGACGGUGUACCGAGCGACGCUCGGACCCCGCGAGACUUCUUAGAAUUCAUGGCAGCGGGCGCCUUCUCCAAGACAGUCGCUUCUUGCAUCGCGUAUCCACAUGAGGUGGCGCGGACACGGCUGCGGGAGGAGGGCGACAAGUACCGCAAGUUCUGGCAAACGCUGCACACUGUGUGGAUGGAGGAGGGCUAUCGUGGCGUCUAUAGGGGCCUCGGCACACAACUCGUCCGCCAGAUCCCCAACACAGCGAUCAUGAUGUCCACAUACGAAGCCGUGGUGUACCUACUCACGACUCAUUUCAACAGUUCCUUCUACGAGAACACUUAGCUUAACCCGUCCGAGAUUACGUGUCGACAUUAGUCUAGGUUGCUCAGGAGUUUAACCAUGGAAUCAUAAGCUGGAUUUUGAAGGAUUUUUAGUAAAAAUGCCGGUGUACCAAAAACAUGGCUAGCACUGGUUAAAUUGAUCGCAUUAACACCUAUUACCCGUUUACUUUUAAAUCAUAUAAAAUUGGGUAGUGUUUCUUGCUCAUAAUAGUUAGUGUGGUUAUUGGCUAGCCCCGUGCCGCCCAAUGUACAUUAGGAUGUACACUCAUUUUCGAUGGAAUGUCAACGUUAGUUAAAAACACAGUAGGUAGCAUUUUAUUUGUCUCGUAAAAUUUUCGAACAAAUGAAUUUCAACCUAAUUGCAAAUACAACAAGAUUCUAACUUCCUUGGCUUGAUUCUAAUUUUGUAUGGAGGGCGGCAUGAGGCUAGACCUGAGUGUGAUUCAACAUUCUUACUAAGUCUUUACAAAAACCUGGCGUUUAGUUCUGUUAUAGACAGAAGAUCAUGUCCUACAUUUCUGGUUAAAUGUAGGAAUCUUAUAUAACAUCAGAAUGUUCUAAUGAUUCCUAUGUGGGCCUAAGUACACCUCAUGAAUAGAAAACACAUCUUAUUCCUUAUAGAACAUUUAUAAGGUUUAGAAGUAUUAGUAACCGGAGCUUACGUAAUAAGGAAUCUUUAGUAAUUUGUGUUAUUAGUAUCGGCUUCACAGCUUGCCCUUGAUACCAUAAUUAAAAGAUUCGGAAACUGGAACUUUAACAUGUAAAUAUAUUGAUAAUAUUUAACAGGUUCCGAUUGUAAUGUAUCAUAAAAUACGGAACUGAUAAAUUAUUGAAUGGUUGUGUUACAAAGAGAAAGUAUAACAAUGGUUAAUUGGUAUAAUGGCAUAAAAAAUUGCUAGUGCAACUUCAAAAUGUAGGUAUAUAUAUGCAUUAUGCAACAGAGAGUGAACACAACAAUGAAAGGGAAAACAUUAUUUUCCUUGAUUAUGUUUCCAAAAGAAUAAUUAUAGUCAGUAAUCUAGUCUUGUGCUUUUUUGCUGUGCCUUGAUUUAGCCAAAUUUGAUAUAAAUAAUUAAAUAUUAAUUUAGUAUGUAGUACGCAAAACACCGUUUUUGUGCCAAAACAGGUUCAUUCCGUGUGUCAAACCACUUUUGGUUGCUUUUUAUGUUGUGUAUUUUUAUAUAAAAAAUAACUACAAAAAAAUCUUAUUAAAUAUAUUAAGAACGGGCCACUCACGUAUUUUAAGUCGAAAAACGCUCGACAUGUUUCACUCCGUACCGAGGAGUGUCAUCAGGAGCCUGCGUUUACGGUGACGAACCGGCGCCGACUGCGGGCCGCAGCUCUCCGCGCCCGAUGACUCGGCGCGGGCGCCGGUGGCGGCAGGGGGGCGAGAAACUACCCUCGUUUAUCGCAUUAUUGUCAAAUGAUGGGUUGCACACAACACUCACUACGUCAUUCGCUAAUGGUUCGUCCACACUGUCCACUGACGUAGUACCCAAAACAGUUUUCCAGCUUGUAGGCACUGACCAACCACAAUGACGGUUAAAAUUCGGAUGACGACUAGUUUCGAUAGCCUCCCGUACUUUACGUACGUGACGUAAUACGUGAGUGACCCAUUCUUAAUAUAUUUAAUAUCUCUGUGUCUCACGGAAGUUUUGUUAUUAAAAUUACAAAAAAAUCUUAGUUAGAUUUUUAUGAAUGAUGCCUGUUUUUAUACAUUUUUGUUAUGUAUAUGAAACAUCCUCCCACUUACAAAACAUUAUUAAAGCUUCUUAAUUCAGUACAUAGAUUCAGAUUGAGAUGUAUGUCAAUUAGUCAUUUUAAAUUUCAUACAUCAAUACAAAGCUGUGUAUGUUAUUCAUAGGUACUUUUGCCAUAUAUUGUUUUUUUUUAUAGUAAUGAUGUGUCAAGGUUUCACUAGAAUCUGAUAUUUUAUAAUGACUAAAAAUAUUUCAUAGCAUAAUCAAGGCCAUUACUUGUUGUAGAAAAUAUAAUUCUUCAUGUGUACUUAUCAAAAUUAUGUUUUGCAGCUCUUUAGGGCAAAUAUAUUAAGUUGUAAGCUGUGAUAUAGAGCUUGUAAAUAUUAAUGCACAAGAUUGUAGAUUCUAUAUUCUCAAAAGUAAGCACAUCAUUUGAGAAACAUGUUUUUAUUGUUAAGUUUAAUUGUGUAUAGUUUUUCAUAUUCAGUCUAUGGCACAAGAUUGUGUUAUUUGUACCAUUCAGGUGAGCUUUACUAUUGUUAAAAAAACAUGGUAUUUGAAAUGUAAAGCUACCUUAUGAAUAGUAAAGAUCAUGGGCAAACAGUAUGAUUGUUAAAUAUAAUAUUUUUAGAGGAAACAUUUGGACUUAAUGGACUGAGUAUAAAAUAUUAGUAAUUUUGUUUAAUGAAUAAAUGAUAAAAUUAAAAA